AGCGUGCAUUUGUGCGGGUUACACGUGUUUUCUGUGGUGUUAGUGCACUUAUGUAUCAUGAUACACUGCUAGUUUACUGGCUAUGAGGUGAAUGUUGUGAAGAUGAUGGAUUAUAAUGGAGGAGACUGCAGAUGGGUCUGUGUGGCUCACACUUCUCAGAUGAUGACGCCUCCACGGCUGGAUGGGGUGUGUAUGGCUCUGAUGUUUCAGUGUAGACUGAACUGGAGGGGGGAUAUAGGAUUUUCAUAUAUAGAAGGUUUUCUUUUGAGCCAUAGCCUCCGCAUGCAGCCUGAUAAUUCAUUCAUUUAAUGUUAUAAAUGGCAUACUAAAAAUGUAAUCAAGCCUCUUGUUAGCACAUACUUUUGCUCCUUGGAAGUGAUCACUGUCAUGUGAUUUGCGCGAGUCGAUUACCCCAGUUUUUAUAGCAUGUACAGUUGGGGGUCCUUGUGUCUACACCUUUUUCAGGCAAGCCUUUGCGUAUUUAUCACGUUUUAAGGAAAAGAUAUUGCAUUUAUGAGACAUACAGCUAUGAGCCUCAGUGCUCUGAGUCAUCUCUCUGUCAUCUUGGACAUUUUCUGCUCUGCUUCUUUCCAUUCAUCACAAAUAGAAGAGCAAAGCCUGCACUCACUUCCUGUUCUGCUCUGACGGUUAACUCUUUGCUUGUGCUCGCUCAGAUGAUCAUGCCUUUCUGCAGAGACCCACGUUUUGGAGUCACUGGGAGCAGACACGCUCUGAUUCCAGUGAUCGAGGGCAGAGAUGAGCCCUGCUGUUGAUAAGACUGAAGAGCAAAGGCCCAGCUGGACCUUGACGGGUCCAAAAGAAGAAGUGAUGGCAAAAAGAGAUUACUUGGUGGAGGCGGCCAAGCAGAUCCGCAUGGCACUGGACAGUGAGGUGAAUGAGGACUAUGAGGCAGCUUUCAGUUACUACAAGAACGGCGUGGACCUGCUGCUAAAUGGGGUUCAAUUGGAUCCGAACAAGGAUCGUCGGGAGGCUGUGAAGAGGAAAACAACCCAGUAUUUGAAGAGAGCAGAAGAAAUCUUUAUAACACAUCUACAGGAUAACCUGGGGAAAGGGAGCUCUCAUUUAGGGGGCUACAGCAGUCUGAGGUUCCGUCCAAUCAGACACCUGAGUUCACCCGUGGAGGAUCUGGAGAUGUGUAAGGUUGUGGGUGUGGCUGACAAGGUCCUAAUUGUGCAAAGUAUGGUCAACAAGGAGACAUUUGUGGUAAAGAGCCUGGUUAAGUCUAGCUGGGAGAGCAGGGACCAGCCAACCAUCAUUCCUCAAGGGGUGCCAUACAUGGUCAAGCUGCUAAGAUAUUACGUCAGUGAGGAUGCUGUGUAUCUGCAUUUGGAGCAUGUCAAAGGUGGGAGGCUUUUCUCCAAGCUGCAUAAACUGAGGAACGAGAAGGCCAAGGAACACCCAGAAUGCUUCGCUUCUCGCCAUCAUAACACCAAGCUGAAGACCAGCCAGACCUCACCUGCAAUCAGCGCAGACUACCAGCAGAGCAGAAGUGCAGCGGUGAUUCCUGAGAAACUAAACGACGAAAGCCCAGACGCAGACUUCCCUACCUCGUGGGAUGAGACGCAGCAGCGACUGGAGAGCUGCGGGACUCACUCCUACAUCGAGGAGACGGGUUGUCUGCAGAACACACGCUCGGCGGCGUCUUUUUACACCAAGCUUGAUCGGCUCACUCUGCUGUCUGGCCCGACGAGGACACAGGUCAAAACUCACAUCCAUCCACCAGCUCCUAGUUUGUGUUUGCACUCCAGCGAAACUCAGGAAAAGCCAGCUCUUCCUCUCUCCUGCGCUCGUGUCAGUCAAGCUCUCGACGUCAUGUCGGAGCUCCAUAAAAAGAAACCUGGAAUGGGGCUGAUAGAGUGCAGCUCCGAAUUCGAAGUGGCUUGGAAAGCUGCGGAUCCAGUGCACAACUGUGAGAAAACAAACCCCUAUGCACUGACUGACGCUGAUUUAUCCCUAGAACGAACUGCACCUCAUACGAAUCUGGACUCGUUUAUUAAAGCAGGGUCACAAAACGGUGAAAAUGUUUUGAGUUCUAGUCCUGCCAUCUUGCAUCUUCCUCUUCAUUGCCAAACCCAGAUCCAUGGCAGGGCUUCAUGGGAUAUGAAUGGCUCUCCCCAGGGAUCUGUUUUAGGUGUAAACUCAGCAGAAUUAAACACAAAGCAGGAACGCAGCAGUCCCACUGUGGAAGAAAGAAAUGGAGUGGUAGUUAUCAGAAGUACAGACAGAGUAGUAUUUUCUGACCACACAGAUACACAGAUCACCUCGGACAGUUCUUGGCCUUCCUCAGCUUCACUCUGCCUCAGUGUUACAGAAAAAAAGCACAUGUUUUCCAGGGUUCCCUUGGCUUUUUCAGGGCUCAGUAAUAAAGGGGAAGCCUGCUCAAGUGAGGCAAAAGAAGGAGUAGAGGAAGCCCGUGAGCUGCUAAGCCCUGGAGAGAAGCGUGCACCUACAACAAAGGGAUCAUCUGUAGGCUGGUUCUCCUCUGGCCCUCAUGAUGCCCCGCCCAACAGGAAGCGAGAGGAUGUGGAUGGUUUUAUAAAACCAGAAAGACCAGAUGGUGAAAGAGAAGACCAGAUCAUAGAGGUGGAUGGGUGGUGCCAUCUGCCUCGGUUCCCUAUCAAGUCACCCGGGGCUGCAGAUAAGGCCAUGCAGACCUGUUGGGGGCUUCCUGAGAAUGAAGUGCGCAUCUGGGGGGCACAGAUCUUGUUGGCCUUGGAGAGUUUGCAUCAGCAAGGCAUCCUGUGUCGGGAUCUUAACCCUAGAAAUGUUCUGCUCACUAGCAACGGAAAGGUGUGUUUGACGUUCUUCAGCCAGUGGAGUGAGGUUCAGUCAGAGAUCAGCUGCAAAUCCAUGGAACAGAUGUACUGUGCUCCCGAAAUUGGCGGAGUGUCCCGGAUCACAGAGUCUUGCGAUUGGUGGAGUCUUGGGGCUUUGCUGUUCGAACUUCUUACAGGAAUGCCUUUGUGGCAGCUCCACCCAGCAGGAAUCCACUCCCACACUCAGCUGCUCAUCCCCGACCACCUGAGCACCGCGGCCGCUUCUCUGCUUACCGAGUUGCUCCAGUUCGAUGCUGGUUAUCGCCUUGGCUCUGGAGGUGGGGGUGUAAGUGACAUCAAAUGUCAUCCCUUCUUCAAUGGAGUUUCCUGGAAGGCUCUGAGCUGCUAGCAGGAGAUGAUCCCUGUGUGUUACACUGGACUUGAAACACUGGGCUGAAUCCGAGCAUCCUAACGUGGCCCUAACAGUUGUAGCACCGCAUACUGGUUUCAUUUGAAUUUUGUGCUUCCCAAAGAAAUAUGACAAAAUAAAAACUGAAACAAAAAUGGUGAACUGUCACAUGGACAGUGAAACAAGAUGGAUUAUUUUAAACCCUUGAGAUGUAACUUAAUAUAUAUUUGAUGUAAUUUUGAUAGUUUUACAAGUUCAGUAUCACCGUGCAUGAAAACCGAUGCCAACUAAACCUAACAUGUGACAAUUGAAAAAAUUACUAAUUUUGGACUACUUGAUGUAGAAAAACAAUAAUGAAGAAUGAAUAAAUAGGCAAUAAAUUGUUACAUCUUCUUUGAACAUCC